AUGCAGGACCUCGUCGGAACAAGUGCCGAGGCCAAGUCACUGAUAGAGCGGUGUGUUGCUGUGCAAUUUCCGCAACAGAAGGAGGGAGAUUCUGCACAGUCUUUGCGCCGACGUGAGGGCAAACCUGUGCGCAUCAGUCCGCAAAAUGUAGGUGCGGCGCUCGCCGCGUGCGAAGAGGGACAACCACGCGCGCUUGUGCCGACAAAAGAAAUGCGGUCACUUGACACCGCAUUUGCAAUGCUUUCCAUGGAGCCCGACGCACCUGUCGCUGCCAUCCAUGCGCCUAAAACAAAGCGUGUGUGUCUAUGUGAAGCGCGCGUUCACAAACUUGCGCCGUUUGUGCCCCUAUGUAUUGCAUGCGGCAUGAUUUUGUGCUCGCAACUUGCGCCGCCGCCAGUAUCACCGUAUUCGGCAUGCCCAUCCUGCGGUGAAAGCCCAAUUGUGCCGCCUAAAGCAAAGGCACAGGUGCUCACAGAAAUGAUCGACCUACGCGACAAGCUCACCAUGGAGCAGCAGCAGCACGAAGCAAUACGACGCUCUAAAUUAAUGGAGUUUCAAGAUACCGACACUGCGUCUCCAUUUGCGUUCCCCACCCUGGCUGAUCCCGCAGCAAUGUCGUCCGCACCCAUCCAGCCAAGAAACCGCGUGUUGCAUCUCGAUAUGAAGACACACAAGGUUACUGCUACAUCCACCAAGCCAGUCGCAAAGCCACGUGCUGUAGAGCGUGGUGCGGAGCGUGCGGAGGAAUCCGCACUGCAAACCACGGCAGACGACGGGUCCGCUCUCGUACACGAUCCCGAAGACGAUGGAUUCAGAGCGCAUUACCUCAUGAAUGCACCAAGACCUGCUACAUACCCCGCGCAAAACUGGGGCGCUGUGACCGCACAGCCAUACGACUUUAUCCCCGAACAAGCGCGUAUACCGAUGCUCGCACCGGUCACCUCUGAAACGUUGAGCGAAAUCCCUGAUUUACAAGAGCUUAUGCGGCGCAUACCGCCUGGGAGCACGCCUGACACUCAGCGGCGUAAUAGGAAUGCGGCGAUUGCAUCCGGCGUAGCGAAAAGCCACGGCAGGAAAGGCAAGGCGCCCCAGACACGGUAG